AUGGAUGCGCGCAAGGGCUUGCAGCUCCGAGACGGAUCGUCUGGAACUGAUGAGUUCCUCACACUCCUUUCUAACCCAUUUCGCAACUCCUUCGCCUUAACCGCUGUUUGGGCGUCCCUUGGCACCUCGAUCGGAGUGUCCCUGCUACUCGCGCUCCUAUUCUCCCUCUUCCGCCCUCGUCACUCGCUAGUCUAUGCGCCAAAGGUCAAACAUGCCGACUCGAAGCACGCACCGCCCCCAGUGGGCAAGGGUAUCUUUUCAUGGAUCACACCGGUUAUUCGCACUCGAGAGCCCCAACUCAUCGAAACCGUUGGCCUGGAUGCUGCGCUCUUUCUGCGCUUCACAAAGAUGUGUCGAAACAUAUUGAUUUGCAUGAGUAUCAUCGGCUGUGCGGUCAUGAUUCCCGUCAACCUCACCCAGGCCUCACUUUCCAGCUCAGAUACUAGCUCUGCGUCAACCUUCAUCGACAUGACACCUCUAAAUGUGCUUAACCCAACGGCCAUGUGGAGUCAGGUCAUCUGCGCGUGGAUCUUCGAUAUCAUUAUCGCUUACUUUCUUUGGAGGAAUUACCGAGCUGUGCGGGCAAUGCGACGUCAAUAUUUUCAGAGUUCCGACUAUCAGCGAAGUCUCCAUGCACGAACCCUGAUGAUCACAGGAAUUCCUGCGCCUGACCGUUCCGACGAAGGGAUCCUGAGGAUUACUGAUGAGGUCAACCCAACGGCUGCUCUCCCUCGCGCGUCAAUUGGUCGUACUGUGAGGGAUUUACCAACAAUCAUCAAGGAGCAUGAAGAAAAUGUACGAGAGCUGGAGUCUGUGCUCGCCAAGUACCUCAAGCGCCCCGAUCAAUUGCCGGCGAAGCGGCCAACCAUGCGCCCGCCUCGAAGUCAACGCAGUAAACACCCUAAUGGCAGGGUGGAUGCCAUAGACUAUUUGACGGUUCGUAUCAGAGUAUUGGAGGAAGAGAUCAAGCACGGACGAGCUUCAAUUGACAAACGUAAUGCUAUGCCUUACGGUUUUGCUAGCUGGGAAAAAAUCGAGCAUGCUCAUGCUGUUGCUUGGACUUCUCGCAAAAAGCACCCGAAGGGCACCACCAUCGCUCUGGCGCCACGUCCCAGCGAUCUCAUCUGGGAGAAUCUACCUCUCACCAAGAAAAUGCGAAAAUGGAAACGUUUCACCAAUUUUAUAUGGGUAACUAUCCUGACCAUUGUCUGGAUUGCGCCCAACGCACUCAUCGCGAUCUUCUUGGCCAGCUUGACAAAUCUAGGCCUUGUCUGGCCAAGAUUCCAGACAGAACUGGAGAGCCACCCUAGUCUCUGGGCUGCUAUACAAGGUAUUGCAUCGCCUGCUCUCACGUCGCUCGUCUAUCUUGUCCUGCCUAUCAUCUUCCGACGGCUGUCUAUCAAGGGUGGCAGCAAAACUAAGACAUCGAGAGAGAGACACGUGUUGGGCCAGUUGUACGCAUUUUUUGUCUUCAAUAACCUGGUUGUCUUCUCCCUCUUCUCGGCUAUAUGGACGUUUGUUUCGAGCGUGGUCGACAAAAGCAACAACAAGGAGGAUGCUUGGCAGGCUAUUGUGGAUAGCCAGCUGUAUAUCAAACUGGUGUCAUCUUUGUGCAACGUUUCGCCAUUCUGGGUAACGUAUCUCCUCCAACGCAACUUGGGCGCGACCAUCGAUCUCGUCCAGAUGAUCACGUUAGUCUGGGUGUGGUUUGCGAAAACCUUCCUCUCACCAACCCCACGACAAGCAAUUGAGUGGACCGCCCCGCCAGCAUUCGAUUACGCUAGCUACUACAACUAUUUCCUCUUCUACACGACCGUUGCCUUCACGUUCGCCACUUUACAGCCGAUCGUCCUACCGGUAACCGCGCUAUACUUUGGCGUUGAUGCUAUGCUUAAGAAGUACCUUCUCAUGUAUAUUUUCGUGACCAAGAACGAAUCCGCGGCGGCAUACUGGCGCAUAUUAUUCAACCGCUUGGUUUUUGCGGCCAUUCUUUCGAAUUUCAUUGUUGCCCUGGUGAUCAAGGCUAGAGCCACCUGGACUCUGGUCUUCUGCGUUCUUCCGCUCCCAUUUUUGAUGCUGGGAUUCAAGUUCUACUGCAUGAAGACCUUCGACGAUGACUGUCAUUUCUAUAACCGCGCAAACCUGAAUGAUGCCGAGGCCCUGGGUGCUACUAAAUCCAGCAAGAAGGCUGGCGAUCGACUGAACACCAAAUUCGGCCACCCGGCUCUCUACAAACCUUUGAUGACUCCGAUGGUUCAUGCCAGAGCUGCCGAGACUCUGAAGCAGAUCUAUCAAGGCCGCUUAGAGCACAAUGACAUGUCUGGCGAGUACUCAGAUAUCGCAAUGAAUCCAAUGAUGGCCAAUCAACCUGGAAAGUCCGCCGAGGCAUCUCCAUUUGAAGUGGUUCCUGAAAAUCAACUGGAUUUCUCAUACUUCAAAGACCGUCCUGAUUUCUAUGAAGAGUUUGGCGGAGGUAUAUACGGCCGGCCGGAAGACCUGAUGACGGAACGUUCCCACACACCGCGCAGCCACUUGGGUGGCGAAUGGUCGCCCAGUUCUUCUCGUGCUUCUUCCCCGACCCCAUCCCUGCCUUCAAUGUCCGCGUUGAGAGCCCCAGACGGCUACGACGCGCAAGCUCAAGAGGGUGGCGUACUCGUCCACCCCGCCUUCCGCGUUCCCGGUGGUGGUAGCAGCGGUGGCUUCUACGAGCAAGCAAACGAGAGUGAGUCGAGGCUCCUCAGUCAUGCUCAAACUCCCGCGCGCACGGAAUCAUCCAAUCCGCUUGAUCGCUGGCGCGGAGGUGGCUAUGGGCCUGUUGAGCAAGAGGAUGAUUACCACUCUCACACGUCGUAUGAGCCCUACCGUGGAACUCGCUAG